CAGCGAGCGACGCUCAGUUCUUUUCCUACAGCAGGACGGGCGAGAGUGUGUGCGGAAACGGCAGAAUCAACCACCAUGUUGGCCACCAAGAAAGUUCAGGAGACCGCAGCUGUGGAUCUGGGUGCUCUCCUCGAUGAGAGUGAGGGCGCCAUAGUGAUUCUGGUGGCAGGGCAGACGCGUCUGGUGGCACACAGGGCAGUCCUGGCCGCCAGGAGCCCCGUCUUCGCGGCCAUGUUCCAGCACGACACACUGGAGGCCAGCACAGGUGAAGUCAGCAUCACGGAUAUGGAGGGCCCAGUUUUGCGCCAGCUGCUGUCAUACAUGUACACACUCCAGGCCCCCCAGCUGUCCAGCAUGACCCCACAAAUGCUGGCAGUUGCUGAUAAGUACGGCUUGUCGGCCCUGAAGGCUGCUUGUGAGCAGCAGCUGGCCACGCAGCUGACUGUGGAGAACGCGGCAGCCACAGCUGUCCUGGCAGUGAGGCACUGCUGCCCAAGCCUGACUCCGGCUUCAGUCGCCUUCAUAAAAGACCACAACUUCCGAGUAAUGGCUACACAGGGCUGGGCAGACAUGAUGCGUAGCCACACUGAAGAUUUGAUUGAAGUGAGUCGCCUGCUUGCUGAACCACCAGAAGAAAUCAGGAGUCUUUCGGUCGAGGAGAAAGGCAGGAGGCUGAUCCAGGCAGCUGAGGAGGGGUCAGUGGAGGAGAUACGGACUCUGCUCGCCGCAGGUGCUGACUUAGGAGUGAGGGACAAGUACAUGGGGACCGCCCUGCAUUGUGCAGCGAGGGAGGGACACGUAGAUGCAGUGAAGUAUCUGGUGGAGUGUGGUGCAGGCCUGGAAGACAGGAACAGGAAGCAGAGCACACCUCUGCACUUAGCUGCAUGGAAAGGCCACACGGCUGUGGUGCGGCUGCUGGUGGCUUGUUCUGCGGACCCCAACACCAGGGGUGACUGUGGGUGGACGCCACUGCACUUUGCGGCGUGCUAUGGCCACACAGAAGUGGCAGCUGCGCUGCUGGAGGCGGGAUCUGACAGGGGAGCAAGAAAUAACAAGGGGAACACGCCACUGGACCUUGCUAGAAAUAACAAUCACCAGCAGCUCAUAGGGAUUCUAACGUGACGUUUACAAGGCAACAAAAGUCAGGAGGAAAACAAACAAAGCACCACUCAUGACUUAACAUUAUCUUUAAAUAAAGUAUUGAUCCUGCGUCCAA